UCCACUAAUCAAUCACUAACGUUGUGUUCAUACGCAACUGUUUGAGAACCAACAUUUUCAACCUGCAAGAGAAGAUCAAAUCAAAGCGUCUUCCAUGUUAACUUUCUCUCGCUACAAAUAUUCCCUUGGUUUUCAUGGUUGCAGUUUUUCAUCUGUAUCAGAUUCAAACCGUAUAGGAAUCUAAUGUCCAGCGAUGGGGGAAAGAAGAAAACCUAUGAUCUCCCUUCAUCUUGUUUCUCUCUCUAUGUGUGCAUAUCUUUAUAUAUGUAUAUAUCUAUGUGGGUUUAAGAUUAGACCUACAAUUAGAGGUUUGUGAUUAUGUCUAUGAGAGAGAAGAGAGAUAUAAGGCCUGUGCUGUUGAGAUUUGGGGUGGCUUUGGCUCUCUCUCUUGGUGGGAUUCUCUAUUCAAUCCUCAGAACCAAACCAACCAGACCCUCUAAAUCUCUGCCUCCUUCGGAUUGUGGCAAUCAAGUUGAUUCUGAAGUGGGAAAAUCUGGGCUAGAAAAUGAUCAUGAACAGGCAACAAUUAGUUAUUUCAAUACUGAUUCAAUUGCUCCAGAGAAACAUGAUGAGUCAUUUCUUCCCAAGGUUACCGCUGACAGUACGAUUUCCAGUCUCUCUCCGAGUGAUAGAUAUAGUGGAGGUAAAGAUGAGUUCCUCUUGCUGGAGUUUAAUGAGUUUUUGAAUGAAUUUGAUAUGGCUGCCCCAGAAGCUGGUUUUUCUCCAAGGAAACAUGUAGAAACAUCCUCGUCAGAUUUCGAAGCACCUAAAGCAUUUAAAUUUGCUGAGAGUGAAAACUACGAGAAAGAGAUUGAAAACUUGAGGAACAUGGUCAUAAUUCUUAGAGAGAGGGAGAGUACUCUUGAGGCCCAGUUGCUUGAGUAUUAUGGUCUUAAAGAGCAAGAAACCACUUUGAUGGAGCUCCAAAACCGAUUGAAGAUAAACAACGUGGAGGCCAAACUUUUUACUCUCAAGAUCGAGUCCUUGCAGGCAGACAAUAGAAGAUUGGAGGCACAAGUUGCUGAUUAUGCAGAAGUCAUGGCUGAGCUUGAAACAGCCAAAGCAAAAAUAAAGCUUCUCAAUAGGAAACUUAGGGCUGAAACUGAACUAAACAAAGAACAGAUCUUGACCCUUCAACAAAGAGUCACAAAGCUGCAGGACCAGGAACACGAGGCAGUUGCAAGUGAUCUCGAUGUUCAGUUGAAGCUGCAAAGACUAAAGAAUUUGGAGGAGGAGGCAGAGGAAUUAAGGAAGUCUAAUCAUAGUCUGCGGCUAGAAAAUACUGCUGUGGCUCAGAAGCUGGAGUCCACUCAAAUCCUCCCAACGUCUGUUUUGGAAGAUCAGGAGGCGGAAGCAUUAAAGAAAGAAACCCAUCGUUUAAGACAACAAAAUGAAGAUUUAAUGAAGGAAAUUGAGCAACUUCAAGCUGAUCGGUGUGGUGAUGUUGAGGAACUAGUCUAUCUCCGAUGGAUAAAUGCUUGCUUACGUUAUGAGCUGAGGAAUUAUCAGCCCGGACCCGGUGAAACAAUUGCUAGGGACCUUGGUAAAACCUUAAGCCCCGAAUCAGAGGAGAAAGCCAAGCAACUAAUACUUGAAUAUGCAAAUAGAGAAGGUGUGGGGGAAAAGGGGAUAAAUGUUGUGGACUUCGAUUCUGAUCGGUGGUCAUCCUUUCAAGCCUCCUAUCUUACAGACUCUGGUGAGUUUGAUGAUUCUUCUGUUGAUGAUUCAUCUGCUAAUAGAACAAACACUUCGAGCAAAACAAAACUUUUCAGUAAGCUCAGGAGACUAUUACGAGGGAAAGACAACCAGCAUCAUAGUCGGGGUUCUUCACUGGAGACAACUGCAUUUAUAGCAGAGAACUCCGGUGAUUCUCCACAGUGCAAUUCAGCUAUUCCAGCAGGGUUUGUCAAUGGAACAGAUGGGCAUGGCAACAGAUUGAGAACUUCUUCAUCUCAGGGUUUAUCUAGAUAUUCUUCGGAUCUCCAAAGAUCUUUCGAGUUAAAUAGGAGUGUAAAAGACAUCAAGGAUUUUGAACACCUUCGGAGAAACAGUGAUUUGGGAUCUUCAUAUGUUUGUGAAAUAUAUCCUUCAACCAGUGAUUGUGUUGUUGAUUCAGACCAAGAAAAUCAAUUUCACCAAGACUCGGAAACCUUUAAGAGAUCUGAAUUGUUGAAAUAUGCCGAAGUUUUGAAGGACUCGCGUGGUACAACUUCAAAAGUGCGCAAGAGAUCAAUGUCAUAUAGUUAGUUAUUUUUGACAGCUCUAUAGUUUUGAGAAAUGUCCGUUUAUUUAAAUUGGGCGUUCUAAACUCAAAACUCAAAUCUCUUUAGUCUCAAGAGUUUCCUAGUGAAUGCUCAAUGAACCACACACAAACACACAAACGAGACACAUUAUAUACAUUGUUAGGCUUCUAUUAGAAACUAAUUCUGUAAAUGAAGUAAGCAGUUUUUAUCAAUGAUGAGCAGUUCCCCAUAUAGUUGGAUGCAUCAAGUAAAGGUUCCCUGUAAUAGAUUUCUCUCUCUCAUUUUCUGUCCAAUGUUCAGUAUUAUCUCAUUUCUUUCA